UUCUUCUUAUUAUUCUUCUUCUUCUUCAUCAAUGGCGUCUUCUCCGCAUGGCAAAAAGCGACUCUCCAUCCGCAAAACCAGAGACGAGCAAGGCCAAGGCGUACUCGCCAGAGCUUCUCAGUCCUCGAUCGUCGUCAACACGAAGCGCGCCGCCUCCGAGGCCGGCUUCGUCGCGAAGAAGCUCCUCAGCAGCACCGGCAGGGCGGCGUGGAUCACCGGCACCACCUUCCUCGUUCUCGUCGUCCCUCUCAUCAUCGAGAUGGACCGCGAGCAGCAGUUAAAUGACCUCGAAUUGCAGCAGGCCAGUCUUCUCGGCGCAGCGUCUUCCGGUUCGGUUCUCAAGUAGAAAUCAUUCUCGCUCUCGAUCUUCAUUUGUCUUUUUUUCUCUUUCGAUUUUCGUUUUGCUUCUGGAAGAGCAAAGCUUUGAUUAGGGUUUGUGGUGUUAGAUUGAUUGAAUGUGAGAUUGAUUUUCGCGGUUUUGAGUUUGUAAUUGGAAUUUAUGAGUGUUUAUUAGAACAGAUGAAAUGAAAUCGCCUUGAAAUA